CACGCCUCCGAGCCUCGCUGCCUCCUCCUUUGCCUCUCCCUCGCUCGGCUCAGACCAGCAGCCCAGCGGCCGCAGGCGGAACGGGAGCGCAGUUCGGAGCUCUUGCCUCGCAGCUGGGCUUCCGUGGUCGAGAGUCUUCGCCCUCAGCCCUGCUGCUGCGGCGGCCUGUCGAAGCUCCUCGGGCGCGUCGCAUCGGGAUGCGAGGCCGCGGCCCUCCGCCCCCUCCGCCCUCCCGACCCGCUUCGCCGCCUGUCUGCUCUGCAGCGCGGAAAGCGGCGCUAGAACACGCAGCUUGAGGCUACUCCAUGCGUGCUGUCCGAGAGCAAGUGACCGCCCAGGUGGCAGGGCGUGACGAGGCGGCGCAAGUGAGCGUCGCCUGCACCCGGCUGCAGCAAGGUCUCACGCCUGUACGCCCGUCCUCGCUGCCCUGACGCAGCCCACAGCCGCCGCCGCUCGGCCGUGCAGAGAGCCAAUUGGCGGAUGCAUCUGGCCAGCAUGACAGCAGAGCGCCGCCACAGACUUAGGCUCGGGCCAUUCAUCGUCGCUGCACUUGCUGGCCACUCGCGCUUGCCCUCGUGGCGUCCGGGCAGCAGCUCAGCACGCCGGACUGGAGGCAUCGGCGCCGGAGGCCUCGGCAAGCACAGCCGUCAUGCGCAGGGCACAGUGCGUCUACUCAGCCCGAUGCCGAGACAGCGCCCACAGCACGCAUUGCUGCUGCAGCGUCCGAUGCGGCCGUGCGCACCUGGCCGCAAGGAGACGCCCGGACGGACGCCGGGGACGUCAAAAGGCAGCGCCCUGAGCGUAGCGCUCGCCUUUGUGUCCCUCUCUCACCCACUGUCACUGUCCUCCCUCCGUCACCCUCCAGCGCACAGCAUGUUCCGUCCGCUUCUCCUGCUCAGCGUGCUCGGUCUGGUCGCCUGCGCGCCCGCGCCCCAGGUGACGGCCGCACCGCAGCCGGCGAUCACCGGCUACCCGGCGCUCCUCGCCGUGGCGCAGCGCGGCUCCCUCUCCUCAAUCGACGGCCAAGCCCAGGCUUCCGCCGUCGGUGCCUUCCUCGACGACCUGCGCUCGCACGCCUCCGACUCGGCAUACCUCUCUUCGGCCGUGAACGAGAUGGAGCAGAACCAGUUUGGCUUCGUCACGGCCGUCAUCGCCACCGCGGAGGGCGACCCGGCUCUGAAGAGCCAGUUCGUGUCGAACUUCGAUGAGCGCGUGCAGAGCGUCGGCGAGCAGUAUCGCUCGGCGGCUACCAUCAAGUGAGUCAUCCACUGUGUUCAUCCCUGUCUCUCCGUUACUGACCCGUGGCCGCAAGGAACGACAACCGCUACGCCUCGGUGCGCUCGCAGCUCACACAAAGCCAGGACGGCGCCGCCACCACGCUCAAUGCCUUCCUGUCGCUCUACUCGAUUCCCGCCACGCAAGUCUUCGCCGUCAGCUCCUCGGCCGCGAGCUCCACCGCCAUCCCUACCACGCGGCCGUC